UGACAUGCGACUAAGGAAGUUUGCCGUCGCCUAUGCGGCAACCUUCGGGAGCGCUCGAGCCCUGGGAACGCCAGCACCGAGCCUACGGUGAGACCCGCCAAGGGCGGGCCGCCAGCACCAGCACUCACGGCUCUGCAUCACCGCUACGGCCGCUGCGCCAUGCGGCCUCGAGCGCAGCGCGGGCACCGCCCGCCGAGCCGCCACAGCAGCGCACACACUGCCCCUGCUAGGCCCGCUCCCGGCUAGGCCGGCUCCCUGCUAGGCUCAUUCCCGGCUAGACCCGCUCCCUGCUAGGCCGGCACACUGCCCCGCCGCGGAGAGACUCGCCCCGCCGCGCCCGGGGGCGGAGCGGGGCCGGGGGCGGAGCGGGGCCGGGGGCGGAGCGGGGCCGGGUUGCAUCCCGCGGCGUGCUCCUGGAGCGCGGGAUGGCUGAGGGUGACGAAACACAGAACGACCUCAGGAUGUCUGUAAUUCAGCAAGGGACGGCAACACUUCGGAAAGCAAAGAAAACCACUGUAAAAACAUGUCUAGAUAACCCCUUUGUUUUCCAGUGGAAAACCAUAGAUGGAGAAGAUAUGCAUUUUAUACUAGAGACCUUAGAAGAAAGGAUUAAACACAUUGGACUUAAAAAGAUUGAGAGUCCAAGAAAGAAAAAACGUUCCCUUACAAAAAAACAAACAGAAGGAAAGUGUGAUGCUGGCACCAAUGAUUUCCCUAAAGAGGAAGCAGAAAGCCACCAACAAAAACCAGGAUGGACUGACAUAAGUAUCAGAAGACAGCUUGCUAUUGGAGUUAAUGAAGUUACAAAAGCAUUGGAAAAAAAUGAACUUCUUCUCUUGCUGGUGUGCAAGUCUGCCAAACCCGCCAUGAUCACGUCGCACCUGAUGGAGCUGAGCGCGAGCCGCGCCACGCCGGCGGGGCAGGUGCCGCGGCUCAGCGACACCGUCGCGCCCCUCCUCGGCCUGACGUCCAUCUUAGCACUCGGCUUCAAAAAGCACUCUGACAAAUUCACUGAGGCAAUAGCAGCCAUAAUUCCAAAGAUACCGGCCUUGGAAGUGCCGUGGUUCCAGUACAGAACUGAAGAACCCGUGGCUUAUGCAGAUACAGAUUCUUCAGACAAUCUGGAACCUGAAGAGCUUGCAGAGGUGCUGGAGGAUAAGCUCACAAGUCAGAAGCGGAAGCAUAAGGAAAGCAAUCAGCCUGAUCUUUCAAAUGUAAUUUUGCAGCCUUUGAAAAUCAAGAAACUUGUCCCAAAUCCCAAUAAGAUAAAGAAACCACCUCGCAAAAAGAAAAAGGCUUUUUCAGCAUAACUGAGUUUGGUUCUUUCUAUUAAAUAGAAUUUUAAAUGCUGGAUGGAGUACAGUUCUAACAGUUCUUUUAGGCUUUACAGUGUAAAGGUCUUGAAUACAAGGUGAACUUCAUGUUGCACUUGAGGUACUUUCUGCUUUAAUAAAAAAUAUUCCUCAGA